GGCUCAUCCAUAGAUUCUUUACCUGGAUGUAUCUGAAUAUUCCCAGCUGCACCGACGUCAUUCAUAGGCAACCUCUGGGCUUAUUGUUGCUCUCCUGACUCGGUACCCGUUCAUUGUCCUGGACAAGACGCACUAGUGACGACAACAAAACAAAGGUCCAACCAGCACCUCGCGACCUGCGAGGAGGUAUGCCAUAGCGUAUAAUAGAAACCCAUUAGUAGUGAAGAACUUGAGAAAAGUGAGGAGCCGUUCUUCUCAAUUUCCACCGCAUCUUCUCUUCUCCUCCUAACCGGCACCUUGAAGAAUUUAUCACAUUGCAGUUCAGGAGACAUCAUCAUGGAUACGAGAAGGGGAUUUUUUGAGGGGAAAAUCGCUCGCGCCCUCCUUGCACUUAACAACUUUGUCAUCUUAGCCUCGUCGGCAAUCAUCACCGGCAUCUUGUCGUACCUGAUCCGCCACUCUAGAUCUCGCGGGACGCACUUGGUCUACAUGGAAGUCAUUGUAUGUCGAACAGAGGAUUCCAGAGUUGGUGGUAGUCUAACUGCGUUGCAGGCCGUCCUCACCCUCUUUCUUUACCUGCUCGCCAUGGUCCUGCCAGCGCUCAAGCGAUACCGAGGAUACAUGCUGCCGCUCACUUGGUUGCUCACGUAUCUGUGGCUCACGUCCCUCAUCUUCUCGUCGCAGGACUACAGCGGACGCCGGGCGCUUAACAACUCGCCUCCUGGUUUCGGCCGUCUGGGGCACAAGCACGCUGUGCAGGCUUUUACCAUCAUUGGAUUGUGCGUCCUGCAUUGUUGCCCGAUAUCUGCAUGAGACUAACACAAAAUAGUGUGUUCCUCCUCUUCAAUACCAUCCUCGAGGCCCUGAUGUGGGCAAGCCACCGGAGAAAGAGAGGGGUCACCGCCCACGACGCGGAAAAGGAUCGUCCUCUCACCACUUCGACGGCCGCGCCUGGUACUGCGAAUACAACUGCGCAGCCUGCAGUGUGAU